CAGAGCUUUUGAGAGAGAGAGAGAGAGAGAGAAGAGGUGUCGAGCUUUCAAUGGAAGAAAUCCGAAACGCACUAUUCAAUUCUAUUCCAUUAACCUCAAUAGAGUAUUUAAGCUACGGACAACUUAUUCGUUGGGCGGCGGAAUAUCGACGGCGUGGAUCGACCACAUCGGCCGCGGCCCCAUCGGCAGGCCUAAAUCCAAAGUUUCGAUUGAGAGGAAGAGAGUAUUUACAACAUGAGCAUUGACAUGGAUGAGAUUGCUCCAUUGAUAGCUCUUCAAUUUAAGGUUGCGAAUUCGAUCGACGUCGGGUCGGGGUUCUCGACGUGCGUCGACACCGGAAUGGAGCUUAUAAUGAACACAAGGAGGUUGUUUCGCGAACAAUCCACGCCCAAAUUGCCUUCGGGUCCAAGUCGAAAAUGUGGUGUUGUCAAAGUCGAACAUAGUCGAGACAAAUCUAGUGUUCGUGAAGACGAUGUUUUAGCGAUGAGGAGUAGAAAAUGCGAAAGUCGCAUGAUGUUUUCCGGUACUAUCGAAGGAAAAGUCGAGGGAGAUUGUGGUCCAACGACAAUUUCUCGUUGCGAGAGCGCUAGACAUACUAGAAAUGGAUUUUGUGUCGAGAAUGUAGUUUUGGAGAGAAAUCCCGAACAAGUGUUAUCCAGCUCACGGGCGCAAAAGAUAGCUCUUGAGAUAGUCGAUGAUCUUGCCUCGACAAGGUUAACGGAUAAGAUUGUUACCGAAAACGAACCUAAAAACACACCCUCAACUCUCCUUCUUGAAGCCUCCAAAGAAUCAAAGGUCGAUAAAGAAAUUUUUCGUAAAAAUUUCCAACCUCUUUGGGGCUCGACAUCUAUUCGAGGAAGAAGGUCGGAAAUGGAAGACUUCGCCGUAGCUCUACCACAUUUCCUCGAUAUUCCUUUUUGGAUGUUGCGUAAUACCGUGAAAUCUAGUCAAAUAUGUCCCGACUCAACGGGGCAUGUGUUCGGAGUUUAUGACGGCCACGGAGGUUGCCAGGUCGCUAACUAUUGCCGGGAGCGCUUGCAUUUAUCUUUACCCGAGGAUAUCAACAACGUUGCCAACGAUCGCUUACAUGUUGAGACCGGAGACGGUAACUUGAAAGACCAAUGGCUAAAGAUCUUUAAAAAAUGCUUCCGUAGAAUUGACGACGAAGUUGGAGGAUUUCGUCUAGUCGAUAAGAGCAUUGUCUCGAAUCUUUCCUAUCAACCUAUUGCCCCCGAAUCCUGUGGAUCGACGGCGGUGGUGGCAAUUCUUUGUUCGACACACAUAAUUGUCGCAAAUUGUGGAGACUCGAGAGCGAUCCUUUGCCGGGGGAAAGUGCCCGUGCCGUUGUCCGUAGACCAUAAACCGAGUCGAGAGGAUGAAUGCGCGAGGAUUGAAGCCUCCGGAGGCAAAGUCAUUAAUUGGGACGGAUAUCGGGUAUCGGGUGUUCUCGCGAUGUCGAGAUCUAUUGGUGAUAGAUACUUGAGGCCGUAUGUUAUAUCCGAUCCAGAAGUAAUGCUUGUCCCCCGAACAAAAGAAGAUGAGUGCCUUAUACUUGCGAGCGAUGGCCUAUGGGACGUACUAAGCAACAAAGAGGCUUGCGAUAUGGCGCGAAAACGAAUCUUAUUGUGGCACAAAAUGUACGGCGCCACUCUCUCGAAAGAACGAGGAAAUGGCGCCGACCCUGCGGCUCAAGAUGCCGCAGACUUUCUGUCGCAAGUUGCUUUCCAAAGGGGAAGCCAAGAUAAUAUUUCAGUAAUUGUUGUGGAUUUGAAAUCAAAUAGGAAGUUCAAGAAAACAUGAAGUCUACUAUUCUUGUAACAUUGAAUUUUUUUCGACAAUAUUUGGUCGAAAUUAUUGUGUAAAUAUGGAUUUAUGGACAUUUGGGAUCAUGCAUGAUUAGGGCUAAUUGGUGUGAAUUAAUUAAUUUUAAAUUAUCCGAUGAAGUUUAUUCUC